UCGGGCCCGAAUAUGAGCGAAACGAGUCUUGUAGCGUGGCAUAACAGAAGAACAGCAAUGUGGCAUCCGGGAUGCCCACAACGCCCAGACAAAAAGUCUAGCAUGUCCAAAUUAGUUUGUUGUUUUUUGCCUAGUUUGACAUCUUAUUCUAGUUUGACUCAUUCCUUGACUUCACCAAUUGGAUGACGGAGAGCUCUGGCGCAAAUAUGUAAACAAGGCACAGAGAAAGAGGAAUGCUGCUGUUACGUGGAAAAACAAAAUGACGAAAUGUUUGUUGAACUGUGGCAACAAUACCUCCUGCUGUUCCGGAGGACAACCCAGUGCUGCCAGUGUCGACAGCACCACCUGGUGUUCCGGAGACCUUAGGGCCGCCGCAAGCAUUGAUAACAGUGCCUGGUGUCCUGGAGAGCACCCCAGAGCCACUGCCAGUAUCAACAACACCAUUAGGUUCUCCAGAGAGCACGCUUGAGCUGGAGGGCAUUUAAGAAUUGCACACAGAAAAUCUAAACAAGACUAGAGAAUUUUUUUUAAUAGAUUUGAAGGUGGGUAAGCUAUAUCUACACAUUGUCAUCUGAUCUUUUAAAUCACAUAGAAACCUUUAAAAGUUUCUAUUGUUUCCUUUUAGAGUUUUUUUUAUUAUUAUUUUUUUUAUGUCAUCUAACGUUUAGUAUUGGUAUUUUGUUCCUGAAUGUGUGAUCACAAUAUAAAGGAUCACAAUGGUUUAGCUGGUUACAUGUGCCUGACUGCAGGCACAUUUAUUAGUUCUCUAAUAGGAUCUAAAGGUGUUCUAUACAGGAAAGUAGUGGUCACAAUUAGGGCCAAUUCCUAUUAGGAAGCAAAACUAUCAGGUUUUAGUUCUAUUGCUUGUUUUUUGUUGCUGUUUUUUUUUUCCAGCUGGCAAUAUUUACCUAAUUUAACCUAAAAAUUACUUCAUGUCAUAGCAAGCAGUUUUACUGAUUGUAUUCAAGUCAAAUACAUAAGUGUGUACAUAAACUCUACUUUCAAAACAGUAGUUCAGAUAAAAAGUAUUUUUUUCACCAAUGCAAAUCUCACAAACGCUUCAAAAAUAGAUUUGAUUUGCUGUACAUCGUGUAGUUCUGUACAUUGACACGGAGAACUACAGAGGAGCUACAGAUCAGACAGGAAAUUCGUAGACAGGAAAUGAUUCAUUCGACUAUUUACACAAAGCCUGGGUUUUACUUUCAACUUUGUUCGUGUGAAAAGUGUACGGAGUUCAAGUAUUUUGUGAAGAUUAAUCCUCGUCACAUUCAAACUCUCUUGUUAUCGGCGACGUCGUGAGCUACAUGUUUACAUUUAGCACGAUAGUUUUUCAACAUGGCGCCAGAAUACGCCCGAAGAAGAAACCUACGCCAAAGAAUCGUGAAAAAGUGACAGUUCGCUAAACUAAGUCAAAUUUCACAUUCCUCCAUGUUAUUUGUAAAAAGAAAGAAUGAAAAGCCCAUCCCUAAGAGUUAGCGUGUACAUAUUUGGGAUUCAUAUUAUUCUCACGUAUGGAUGUGGCCCAAGUGAAUAUCAGUCAGCAGCUGGAGAGUGCUGCCCCAUGUGUUCUAUAGGCCAGGUGGUCUAUAGAGACUGCGUUGGUGAUUCCAGUACAACAUGCAAGCCUUGCCUCAGUGGAACAUUCAUGAAUCAACCCAAUGGUUUUAACAGGUGUUUUCAGUGUAAAACCUGUGAUAAAGAACAAGGCCUUUAUGAUCUACAUGCUUGUACCACAAUAAGUAAUACAGUGUGUGGGGUCCUGGAUGGAUAUUACUGCAAAGAUAGAGAUGAAAACAAAGAAUGCACAUUUGCCUUGAAGCACAGGCAGUGUGAACCAGGAGAGGAAAUUAAAGUUCCAGGAACUAAAGACUCAGACACUGUGUGUGAGGUGUGCCCCCAUGGGUUUUAUUCUCCUCUGGGUAUAAACUGCACUAAAUGGACUGACUGUUCUGUCAAAGAUCAGAUCAAAGACAAAGAAGGCAGUUCUGUAAAAGAUGUUCAGUGCAAAGUGAAAACCAGGCAGAGACACGGCCUCAUAGCAGCUGCAGCUUUUCUAGUUGUAUGCACAGCAGUUUUAUAUUAUGUUAAUUACAAAUGUCCUGCAGUUAACAACACAGUUAAUAACACAGUUGUUAACAAUACAGCAUUAAAAAGUCCUAUAGAAGAAACAACACGACAUUCAUCAAAUUCACCAGAAGAAAACAGGGAAGAAGAUUUCACCUAGCCCUACAGUGGACUGCUGAAAAGGUCAUUUAUUCACAGAUGACUUGUGGGCACCAAUGCAAAACCAGAUUCAGGCAAAGGGGCUGGACUGAAAAAAUCACCAGAAUUUGUCAUUACAUAUGGAGUCUCUCACCAUCAUCGGCUAGGAGUUCAAAGUCCUGCAAUGUGGGCCGGGCAUAACCAGCAUAUUUUAACAGACUGAAAUAACAAAAUACGUUUCUGUGUGUAGCUGCAUGGAGGCAGCUUUUCAUUUUUCAGUACCAUUUUAACAGUAUUAACCAAAGUGUGUAUCUAAAUCUUAAUAUCUCAUCAUACAUUAUCCUUAAAUGAACAUUACCCAGAAUCUAGGCUGACUGAACCUUCACCAUUGCUUCCAAAUGACAACACCAGUUUUACUGUGUAGAACUGCACGACAAAAUGUACACUAAUGGGGGAGGGUCUCAGGACACUGCUGCCGCUCUAUAUAUCUUUGCACUAGCUACAGCAAAAUACCACAUCACCAUGGACUAUUAAAAGUAAUACUUUUUGUAUAAAGCAACUACUUCUAACUAAAAACUUUUUUUAAAGAUUUUUUUAUGCAUUCUAAUUUUUUUUGCAUUAAAAUUUUUUUAACAGGGUUUUCACCCAACUGUAUUCUUCUAUUGAUUUUGAAAGGUUUGUGUUUUUUUAAUUAAACAUUUAAUCAGUUUAAUUAAACAUUUAAACAAAAUGCACAAGGACAAACAUCGGGGGAGUGGUGUAAAGCACACCGCCACUAGACUUUGGAGCAGUGGAAACAUUCUGUGGAAUGAUGAAUCACGCUUCUGUAUCUGGCAGUCUGAUGGACGAGUCUGGAUUUGGCCAAUGCCAGGGGGAACGUCACCUGCCUGUCUACACCGUGCCAAGUGUAAAGUUUGAUGGAGGAGGAAUAAUGGGCUUGUUUUUCAGGGGUCUGCCUAGGCCCCUUAGUUCCACUGAGGGGAAAUAUUAAUGCUUCAGCAUAUCAAGACAUUUUAGGCAAUUGUACGCUUCCAAUUUGUGGGAACCGUUUGUGGAAGACCCUUUUCUGUUCCAGCAUGACUGUAACCCCGGGCCACAAAGCAAGGUCUAUAAAGACAUGGCUGGGUGAGUUUGGUGUGGAAGAACUUGACUGGCCUGCACAGAGCCCUGACCUUAACCCCAUCAAACACCUUUGGGAUGAACUAGAACAGAGACUGUGAGCCAGGCCCUCUUGUCCAACAUCAGUAUCUAAACUCACAAAAGCUCUUCUGGAUUCCCACAGACACACCACAAAACCUUUGCAGCGUUCGCAGAUAAGUGGAAGCUGUUAUAGCUGCAAAGGGGGGACCAACUCGAUAUAAAUGCCUAUGGAUUUAGAAUGGUAUGUCAUAAAAGCUCCUGUAGGUGUAAUGUGUAGGUGUCCCAAUACUUUUGUCUAACUAACAGAAACAGUGGAUUAACCAGUGCAGCGCAGAUCCUGAGGUGACACUGUGUCAGUGUUGUGUAACACUAAUGUAUAAUACAAGCCACUUCACUCUCUCCACUCUUAAAGUUAGCUUAAUAUGUGAACAUCCUUUUAUAUAUAGCAUCAUCUGCUUUCUUGACCGAUUUGUCUUCUGUACAGAAGUAUGUUUCAGUUUAGUAGUCAGACUGCAUUUAGAAACACAGAAGAUGAGCUUGAACCUUUCUUCAGCACUGUUUAUAUUAGUAUUGUGUGAGCACUGUAUUUUUUAAGGUAAGAAGUCUUUGUGCAGCUCUUGCUACAGUAGGCAUGAUCUAUACUCUGCAUAUAAACAUUUGUCAUUUUAUUGACAUUUGACACAACAUUACAGCCAUUAAGUAGCAUUGAUGUGUUUAAUGAAGCUUUGUGUCAUUUUAAUCUAGGAAUCCAUUCAAAAUUAGGCAAUAGACAUAAUUUUGUCGGUUGCCAGCAUUCACAAUCAUUUAGUUAGAACUAGGUGAAAAAUCUGUUUCCUUGGCAUUUUAGUCAGUCUGAGCUCUGGCAGAGUUCUUAGGGAGGUAAUCGAAAGGGAUUACUGGAUCUUGCCGGUAAUCUCUCACCAAAGUCUACAAUAUAUAAGCAGACAGUAUAGAAGUGCCUGGUCGAGGGGUUUUAAGGGUGAAACUUAUUACCUAAGCAUAACUUUAAUUCAGAUUAGCAUUUUAUGACUCAAUAAUAGUUAUGCAUCUGAGGAACAAAUAUUUGUGGUGGUGAUUGGGAACAAAAUUUUGAAAAAUAAACAUGGAGUAAUGGCUCAGAAUUAGAAUGUGUUCAAAAUGAAAUUAUCAUAUAGAAAUUACACAAUUUACCUCAUCCACCAGGCGUGUGCAUUUUGCAAACGUUAAAGUUAUUGAGUGCAAAGACAGACUGCUGCAUGUGGGAUAACAGGGCUUUAACCCCACACAAUGAGUGGCCUUUGUUAUAAUUUUAUUCAGCAAACUUCAUGGUAGUAACCUGCUAUAAACCAUGAGUGACUGUUGUAUUGAAAUAUAGUCCAAGGAAUCUGUAUUAAGCAUGUGACAGAGAAAAGAAGAGUGUUGUCUUCUACAAAUUAGCAUAUGUUGAAUAUGAAUUGUGACUAGUAAGAAGUCAGUUUUAGAUAUCUGAAACUGAAUUUAGUCAGUUUAACCUCACCUGUUCAUGCAGAAGUGAUAAGUCAACCUGGACUGCUUUUUGAAUGAGGCACAAUACAGAACAGAGAAUAUUUAUAUAUAUCAGCCUAAAAAAUAAGUAACAAAAAUAGCCUGUUUAAGGGAUAGCAAAAUUUCUUUCCUCCAAGAUAUUGCACGAUCAACUGUGAGUGGUAGUAUUGAAAAGCAUUUAGGAACCUCAGCCACGAAGUGUCAGACCACGUAAAGUUUCAGAGCGAGUGCUGAGGUGCAGAGUGCAUAAAAGUCACCAACACUGCCGACUCAGUAACUGCAGAGCUCCAAACCUCCUCUGGCUUCAACAUCAGCACAGAAACUGUGCAGCAAGAGCUUUAUGGCAUGGAUUUCCUUGGCCGAGCAACUGCAUGCAAGCCUUACAUCACCAAGCACAAUGCCAAGGUUCCAGGUGGGAACUAAUUAUGCCAAAUUUUUUAUUACAUCUUUUAGCACAAGACAUUGCCAAUACUAUGUAUUUUAACAUGUAAAAGAUAGUAUAUUGUGAUUCACAAUGACAUGCUCUUUCUUGUAUUGUUUUGCAUAUACCUUUGCUUUUUCUUGUUACUUUGUAGAUUUAUUUUUGAUACUGUUUACCAUUUGUUCAGGAUCCUUUAUCCUUAUGUUUGUAUGGUGUUUAUUACUAAUUUUACUUACUUUUUUCUUCAUUUUAGAUGCAGUCAUGAGGAAUCCAUCUUCACAAACUGCAAGUGACAGAGAACUUAACCAGAGAUGUUCACAUCUGUUAAGAGUUGAGUAUAUAUAUAGCAGGUAGGAUUCAGAUGUUCAUUCACUUCAUGUCUCUCUCUCCCACACAUACUCUACGUAUAUCCUCACUGGCCAUUUUUACGGUACUCCUAACUUACAGACUGUAGUCCAUCUGUUUCUCUGUAUACAUUGUGGCCCCCUGUUUCUCCCUUUUUUACCAGAGGGCUACCACAGAGCAGGUAUUAUUAAAGGAUCAUUCUCAGCACUGCAGUAACACUGACAUGGUGGUAGUGUGUUAGUGUGUGUUGUGAUUAGAC